AUGUAUCGACAAGUGCUUGUCGAUCCUAGUCAAACGUCAUUCCAACGUAUUUUCUGGCGUGCUCAAUCAUCCGAUCGCCUUCGUGUUCUGGAGCUAAAGACAGUAACUUAUGGUACUGCAGCUGCACCUUUCUUAGCAACUCGAUGCUUAACUCAGCUUUGCGAUGAUGAAGAGACUGACUUUCCGUUGGCAGCUCGAGUUAUUCGAGAAGAUUGUUACAUCGAUGAUAUAUUGUCUGGGGAAAAGACCACCGAGAGAGCAACCGAGAAUAGGAUUCCAAUACAGCAUAUGCUGCAAAGGGAAGACUGUCCGGUUCAUAAAUGGUGUGCCAAUGAUGGAUCGAUUUUUCAAGGUGUAUCCGAUAGCGAACGUCAGAAACUAACUCAGAUUUACUGUUUGUCAGAUAAUCAGGUAAUGAAGACAUUGGGUCUCUUGUGGGAUCCAGCCAAUGAUCGGUUUUUAUUCUCAGCUUCAUCUUCGGUUGAUGAUUUCAAUCCAGUUACGAAGAGAAUGGUGUUCUCAAAAAUAGCCCAGUUGUUUGAUCCCUUGGGAUUUCUUUCCCCAGUCAUUGUUCUGGCUAAGCAAAUAAUGCAAAAAACAUGGGUGGCUCAAAUCGGUUGGGACACUGAACUAGAUGGGUCGCUGCUGGAUAACUGGUUACAGUUUCAUUCAUCGUUACAUCUCGUCAACGAAAUCAAAAUUCCACGUCAAGUAAUCGUAGCUGCUCACGAAAGCCUCGAAUUGCAUGGUUUCGCCGAUGCUUCGGGAAUUGCGUAUGGAGCUUGCAUAUAUGUUAGAAGUGUCCAUGCUGAUGGAACUGCUUCAUCCAGGUUGCUGUGUACGCCAUUCGAGGUAACAGGUGUCGAUUAUGCCGGGCCAUUCUCAAUCAAACAAGGAUCCAGAAAACCAGUAUUUGUGAAAGCCUACAUUGCCUUCUAA